UGAGCCUGCUCUGCGUGCGGGCUGCGUGUGUGCGACUCUCCCAGCACGCAGGUUGGAAGUGGUGGAGGAAGCAAGGGUUUGGGAACUGCAUCCAUAUGGACAGAUUUCAAGAACGCAAACAGUCAUUUGUCUGCAAGUGUCAUUUGAACCUGUCCGAUGACUGUAAGGAUAUGUUUUCCUUCCGCUGUUCGUGUUUGCAGUGUGAGUAGAUGGCCCUUCUUAGGAGAUCUGAACAGUGAUGGCACAUAUUCCACAUAUGAAUUGUUCAGUGGACUCUGGAUUGGUCAAACUAUAUCCCAUCAUGAUGCAUACUACCAAGGCUCUUCACUACACCUGUUUUCUGACUAGAGGCCAAAUAAAUGACAUUGAGAAUUUCUGCUAAGGUAAUAUAAGCUUUUAUGGUGACAUGGCAUCUGGUUUCUUUCUGCAAGGGAAGUUCAGUGCAUAUCAUAGUCCUUGAUACAUUGGACAAUUUGAUGAUUCUGCCUGGAAUAGACCCUGUGUGGAUUUCUGGAGAGGUGUGAAGAUCUGAGAACACUUUCCAGAUUUAACCUUUUCCAGUACUACUAUGUCAGAGAGUCACGAUGACCUUGCACAAUAACAAUACAACCUCGCCUUUAUUUCCAAACAUCAGCUCUUCCUGGAUACAAGGCCCCUCCGAUUCAGGGCUGCCUCCAGGAACGGUCACUCAUUUUGGCAGCUACAACAUUUCUCCAGCAGCUGGGAAUUUCUCCUCAAAUGGCACCACCAGUGACCCUCUCGGUGGCCAUACCGUCUGGCAAGUUGUCUUCAUAGCAUUCUUAACAGGCAUCCUGGCCUUGGUGACCAUCAUUGGCAACAUCCUCGUGAUCGUAGCAUUUAAAGUCAACAAGCAGCUGAAGACAGUCAACAACUACUUCCUCCUGAGCCUGGCCUGUGCUGAUCUGAUUAUUGGGGUCAUUUCAAUGAAUCUGUUUACCACCUACAUCAUCAUGAACCGAUGGGCUUUAGGGAACUUGGCCUGUGACCUCUGGCUUGCAAUUGACUAUGUGGCUUCCAAUGCCUCAGUCAUGAACCUUCUAGUCAUUAGUUUUGAUAGGUACUUUUCCAUAACAAGACCGCUGACUUACCGGGCCAAACGAACAACAAAAAGAGCUGGUGUGAUGAUCGGACUGGCUUGGAUCAUCUCCUUUGUCCUGUGGGCUCCUGCUAUACUGUUUUGGCAGUACUUUGUUGGAAAGAGGACUGUGCCCGCCGGGGAGUGUUUCAUCCAGUUCCUUAGUGAGCCCACCAUUACCUUCGGCACAGCCAUUGCUGCCUUUUAUAUGCCUGUCACCAUCAUGACUGUUUUAUACUGGAGGAUCUAUAAGGAAACUGAAAAGCGCACCAAAGAGCUCGCUGGACUACAAGCCUCUGGGACGGAAGCAGAGGCAGAAAACUUCGUCCAUCCAACAGGCAGUUCUCGAAGCUGCAGCAGCUACGAGCUUCAGCAGCAAAGUUUGAAACGCUCAGCCCGGAGGAAAUAUGGCCGCUGCCACUUCUGGUUCACAACCAAAAGCUGGAAGGCCAGUGCUGAGCAGAUGGACCAAGACCACAGCAGCAGUGACAGCUGGAAUAACAACGACGCUGCUGCCUCCCUGGAAAACUCCGCCUCCUCCGAUGAGGAGGACAUUGGCUCAGAGACAAGGGCCAUCUACUCCAUUGUGCUCAAGCUUCCAGGUCACAGCACCAUUCUAAACUCCACCAGACUGCCCUCCUCAGAUAACCUGCAGGUGCCCGAUGAGGAGCUAAGGACAGUGAACUUGGAGAGGAAGGCCAGCAAGCUGCAGGCGCAGAAGAGCGUGGAUGAAGGAGGCAGUUCUCAAAACCGCUUCUCCAAACUUCCCAUCCAGUUAGAGUCAGCCGUGGAUUCAACCAAGACCUCUGAUGUCAACUCCUCAGUGGGCAAGACCACGGCCACUCUACCUCUGUCUUUCAAGGAAGCCACUCUGGCCAAGAGGUUUGCUCUGAAGACCAGAAGUCAGAUAACGAAGCGAAAACGGAUGUCCCUCAUUAAGGAGAAGAAAGCAGCCCAGACCCUCAGUGCCAUCUUGCUUGCCUUCAUCAUCACCUGGACCCCCUACAACAUCAUGGUUCUGGUGAACACCUUUUGUAAAGACUGCAUACCCAAAACCUAUUGGAAUCUGGGCUACUGGCUAUGCUACAUCAACAGCACCGUGAACCCCGUGUGCUAUGCCCUGUGCAACAAAACAUUUAGAACCACUUUCAAGAUGCUGUUGCUGUGCCAGUGUGACAAAAGGAAGAGGCGCAAGCAGCAGUACCAGCAGAGACAGUCUGUCAUUUUUCACAAGCGUGUCCCUGAGCAGGCCUUGUAGAGAAAGGCUUUAUCACUAGCAGUGACCAAACGCACAUAUCAACCCACAAACCUUAGGAAGGAGUAAGGUGAGGGUGGGGGUGAUUUCUUCUGGUGAUUAGGAAAACAUUUUUUAUCACCCAGAUGUGAAACGAAGCUGCCUGUUUACUGAUCCUUUAAAUAAAUCCAUUUUCAUAUAAAAAGCUCAAUUGCAAUUUAGAAAAAAAAAAGCUCAUGACUGCAUAUUUAAAAGCUCUGAAAUAGACUGUAAGUCUUUUUCUGAGAGAGGGGGAAAAAUUAUUUAGAAGCAAUUAUAGACCCAAAUUGAUCUGCUCGGUUCUGUUGACGCCCAUGAGCUCUGGAAUCUCAGAUGAGCAUAACUCACUGGCCCGGUUGCCACGUUUCUUUCCAGGAUCUCUAAAAUGUUGAUCCAGAUCCCACGUGGAACAUGUCAGGCUAGUGAAUCGUGGUUCUGAAAUUAUAUCAUUCGUUGCAAAGCUGAACCUCCUCGUCCCAAUAGAACUUCCUGUCUUCUCUUGGGUGUGUUGUUAAACUCUAUUUGUGGACUUGAUUCUUGAUUCUUACAAAGUACUGUUUUGUGCAGUUGACGUUUCAUACAAAGAAAAAUAAAUAUAUUAAGUAUAAAUAUAUAGAGAGAUAUAUAUGUGUGUGAGUUUCACACACAAGUACAUAGUGUACAUAAUAUAAUGGGAGUCACUGAACUGGCAAAUUGUUCCUGUAAUAUACGCUCUCAGUACUUUGGUACCUGGAUUUCUCUAGGAUCCUAAUACACAUAAAAGUGAAAUGAAUCCGGUGUCAUGUUGUGGAAAGCAGGGUUGCUUUCCACAAACUACCCUGAAGAAAAUGCUGGAAAGGGAAGCCAGGCCAUGCCAGCUUGCCUAUGCAGAGCUCACGGCCUCCUGAGUCAGGUUGAGCACUAUGGCUUGACAAGCAAACUAUCUCUUUUGUUGAGCUCACCAAAGCUGAAUGAAAUAAGAACCCCUCUGAGCUCAAGGAUGCACCAGACAUAUUUGAAUUUGGUUGUCUCGAUCUGAUUGUUUUCCAACAAAAUAUCUGCUCUCGAAAAUGCUUGAAAACCAAAUCAUAGUGUCAUGUUUGAAUAUCGUGUACCGCAAAAAGAUACAGCAUGAAGGGGUACGAAGGAGAAUGCAGUAUUGGAUUUGGGGGUUUUUUGGGUUUUUUGGGUUUUUUUGUUUUUUUUUUUUUUUGCUACCGGGCGCCUUCUAAAUGAAAAAGGGCUCACACCUUCGUUACAUAGCUCUGGCCAGUGCUUUAGGGUGUUCACUGAGUGACUUCCCUUGGUAGCAGAUGGGGUUCAGGCAGUUAUGUGUGCUUUGAAGAAAGUGAUACACUUUGGAAAGUGUGACUCUAAAUUGAAUAUUGAAUUCCUUGCAUUUACAAAAGAGUUUUUGUAUUCUCUGAAUUGAUCCCAAAUGCUAAAUGUUUCUAUCUGGGGGAGGGAAGGGGUGCUGCUGCUCUUCCUGUCAUCUUUGUUGCUGCUGUAGUUGUUGGGGUUUCUUCCUUUCCUUUUUUGCCAGGGGAGUUAGGGGGUGGGGGGCGGGGCGGGCGGGGGCGGGGCUGAGGAGAAAUCUUCCCUUUGUACAGAGCCUUCAUGUCCUGAAGCCUGGGUCGAAGCUGCUUUUGUAUUCCGUGUGAGCUGGUGUUUACAGGUGACUUUGCAACCGUGGAAGUGUACUCAGUGGUGUCUGUGUUUCUGAACUAUUUAAUUUCGUGUGUGUUUAUAUGAAGAAAUAUUUAUGCAUCCUUCACCAAGUGUUUAUUUAAUGUUGAUAAAUAUGACUUCAGUCUCUAA